AACGGAGGAAGAGAGAGAAAGAAGAGAGAGAGAGAGAGAGAUAAGAGGUUGUAGAGAGAGAAAACCUCCGCGGAGACUUUGAGGGAGGGAGGGGCCGCCGGAAAGAGUUCGGGCGGAGGUGAAUCUGGGGAGAGGCAGCGCGGCGGCGAAAUGUCGACGCCGUUGGCGGGGAGCGGCGGCGGGGGCGGCGUGGCGGUGCUCUCGGGCGCCGUCGAGAGCGGCGGCGGCGGCGGCGGCGGAGGGGGCGCGGUGGACUCUUCGUCCCCGUCCCCGGCGGCGGCGGCGGCGGCCGCGAAGUGCUGCCUGGACAAGCGGGUGCUCAAGUCGCCGAUCCUGAUCUUCCUCUACUUCCACAAGGCGAUCCUCAAUGAGCUGGAGGCGCUGCACAGAUUCGCGGUGGCCUACGCGACGGGGCAGCGCGCGGACAUCGGGCCCCUCCUCGAGCGCUACCAUUUCCUCCGGUCGAUGUAUAAGCACCACUCCGGUGCCGAGGACGAGGUGAUCUUUCCAGCUCUUGACAUACGCGUAAAAAAUGUGGCCCAAACAUAUUCCUUGGAGCACGAGGGUGAAAGCAAUCUUUUUGAUCAUCUAUUUGACUUGCUAAACAAUGCUGCACGGAUGGAUGAAAAUUUUCCUAGGGAGCUGGCGUCUUGUACAGGAGCCCUCCAGACAUCAAUUAGCCAGCAUUUGGCAAAAGAAGAGGAGCAGGUCUUUCCCUUGCUUACUGAGAAGUUCUCGUUUGAAGAGCAGGCAUCUUUGGUUUGGCAGUUUUUAUGCAGCAUUCCUGUGAAUAUGAUGAUGGAAUUCCUUCCAUGGCUGUCUUCCUUAAUUUCACAUGAGGAAUAUCAAGAUCUCUGUAAAUGUUUAAGCAAGAUAGUCCCAGAAGAAGAACUUCUUCAACAGGUUAUUUUCACUUGGAUGAAAGGGAGUAAUGCUGCCAGUACGGUUGAAAGAUAUGCAGAUGAACCUCAGGCACAACAUGCUGGAGAGUACAAUAUCAGCAUGUCAAACACUUUGAAGUGUGCAUGUGACUCAUCAAAGACAAGGAAAAGGAAACACUCCGAGUCAAGUUUUUCCUUUUCUGACUCAACUUCCACGCAUCCAAUAGAUGAAAUAUUACUUUGGCAUAGUGCUAUUAAGAGAGAAUUACUUGAAAUCGCUGACGAAGCAAGAAAGAUUCAAGUAUGUGGUGACUUCAUGGAUUUGUCAUCCUUUAAUGAGAGGCUCCAGUUUAUUGCUGAAGUUUGUAUUUUCCACAGUAUUGCUGAAGAUAAGGUCAUUUUUCCUGCCGUGGAUGGAGAGUUGUCUUUCAUCCAGGAGCAUGCCGAAGAAGAAAGUCAACUCAAUGAGUUCCGGUGCUUAAUAGAAAGAAUUCAAAGUACUGGAGCAACCUCUACUUCAAGUGCUGAUUUCUAUGAGAAGUUAUGCUCGCAUGCUGAUCAGAUAAUCGAAACCAUACAGAGGCACUUCCAUAGUGAAGAAGUGCAAGUUCUUCCACUGGCUAGAAGACAUUUUAGCUUCAAAAGACAACGGGAGCUUUUGUAUCAGAGCUUGUGCAUGAUGCCUUUGAAGUUGAUUGAACGUGUUUUGCCGUGGCUAGUAGGUUCUUUAGGUAAAGAGGAAGCUAAAAAUUUCAUUAGAAACAUGCAGUUGGCAGCUCCAGCAUCAGAUGCUGCUCUGGUUACGCUUUUCACUGGGUGGGCUUGCAAGGGCCAUGGUCAGGGUGUAUGCUUAUCUCCCUGUGGAACUGGCUGCUGCCCUUUUAAAAGGUCUUCAGACAUUGAAGAAGAUUAUAUUCAACCAUCUUGUGCGUGUGCUUGUGCAUCGUCAGCGCAUUCAUUUUAUGCCCAAGCUGAUGAUGCCAAAAGACCUGUCAAGCAAAAUGCAACUGUAUCAUGUGAAGACGGCAACGCCCUUGAUAAAUCAGAAAAUUUGAAUGCCUAUGAACUGCCCUGUAGUGAUAGGUCUUGUCAUGUCCCAGGUUUAGGAGUAAACUCUAGCAAUCUGGGAUUGAGCUCUUUAUCCACAGCUAAGUCUCUGCGUUCUCUGUCUUUUAACUCCUCUGCUCCCUCCCUUAAUUCCAGUCUUUUUAUCUGGGAAACGGAUGGUCAAUCCUCUGAUGAUGGACGUAUUGAACGACCCAUUGAUACAAUUUUCAAAUUUCAUAAAGCAAUACGUAAAGAUUUGGAAUUUUUAGAUGUGGAAUCUGGAAAGCUCAGUGAUUGUGAUGAGACAUUCCUCAGGCAGUUCAUUGGCAGAUUUCGCCUUUUGUGGGGAUUGUACCGAGCUCACAGUAAUGCUGAGGAUGAAAUUGUCUUUCCUGCCCUGGAAUCCAAAGAGGCUCUUCAUAAUGUUAGUCACUCAUAUACACUUGACCACAAGCAGGAAGAAAAAUUAUUCGAAGAUAUCUCAUGUGUUCUUUCUGAGCUUUCACACCUCCAUGAAAAAUUGCACAGAACUUCUCUAUUGGAGCAACUUGGUGGAAAUAAUGAUGAAAUUGCUGGUAGUGAUUGUACACUAAAGUACAAAGAACUUGCAACAAAGCUUCAAGGAAUGUGCAAGUCUAUCAAGGUUACUCUAGAUCAGCAUAUAUUCAGGGAAGAACUUGAGUUGUGGCCAUUGUUUGGUAAACACUUCUCAGUGCAGGAACAAGACAAAAUAGUGGGUCGCAUUAUUGGAACUACUGGAGCUGAAGUGCUGCAAUCCAUGUUACCAUGGGUAACGGCUGCACUUACACUGGAUGAGCAGAAUAAAAUGAUGGACACAUGGAAACAGGCGACAAAAAACACGAUGUUUAAUGAGUGGCUAAAUGAGUGCUUGAAAGAAACUGGAGUAUCAUCUUUACAAGCUCAAUCAUCAGAGAGCAGCACAUCACACAAAGGCCUUGAGCUUCAAGAGACACUUGACCAAAGUGAUCAGAUGUUCAAGCCUGGGUGGAAGGAUAUCUUUCGAAUGAACCAAAAUGAGCUCGAGGCUGAGAUUAGAAAGGUUUACCGGGAUUCAACUCUUGAUCCUCGAAGAAAAGCAUAUCUUGUCCAAAAUCUUAUGACUAGUCGCUGGAUAGCAGCUCAGCAGAAGUUACCUCAAGAAGUGAUGGGAGAAACUUCAAAUGGCAAUGAAAUAGUGGGGCGUUCACCAUCAUUCCGAGAUUCAGAGAAAGAAGUGUUUGGGUGUGAACAUUACAAAAGAAAUUGCAAACUUCGAGCUGCAUGUUGUGGCAAAUUGUUUACUUGUAGAUUUUGCCAUGACAAAGUGAGUGAUCACUCAAUGGAUAGGAAAGUAACCAAAGAAAUGAUGUGUAUGCUUUGCUUGGAGAUUCAGCCGGUUGGUCCAAUUUGCACUACCCCUUCUUGCAAUAGAUUUCCAAUGGCAAAGUACUAUUGCACUAUAUGCAAAUUUUUUGAUGACGAAAGGAAUGUGUAUCAUUGCCCAUAUUGCAACUUAUGCCGUGUUGGAAAGGGUCUUGGAGUAGACUAUUUCCACUGCAUGACAUGCAACUGUUGUCUAGGGAUGAAAUUGGCAAGCCAUAAGUGCUUGGAGAAAGGUCUAGAAACAAACUGCCCUAUUUGCUGUGAUUUCUUAUUCACAUCUAGUGCGACAGUCAGAGCUCUACCUUGUGGCCAUUAUAUGCAUUCAGCUUGCUUUCAGGCAUACACUUGCAGUCAUUAUACCUGUCCAAUAUGCAGCAAGUCACUGGGAGAUAUGGCGGUUUACUUUGGCAUGCUUGAUGCCCUGCUCGCUACUGAGGAGCUUCCAGAGGAAUACAGGGACCGAUGUCAGGAUAUCUUGUGCAACGACUGUGAUCGAAAGGGAUCGGCCCGUUUUCACUGGCUAUACCACAAGUGUACGUAUUGCGGUUCCUACAACACGAGGGUGAUCAAGAGCGAGACGUUCGAUCCCAACUGCUCAGACUCCCGUCAGUAAUGUGCUUCUUUCUCCUUGAUAGUAGCCGAGAUUUGCCUAGCUUCUCUGUAUAUAGUUGUACAGCAAAUUCUUUUAUAGCAAAAAUCAUAUCUCUUAUAGGGACCAAGGAAUUUUGUGCUUCUGUUUUUACGGUUUUCGCUUUUCCUGCGAGAAGAGAGAUCGUGUCUCGGAGAAAGAAACACUAUAUAGCAGCGGCAAUCAUGUACAGACUUUUGCAGACUUCCGAUAUCUUAUGAUAUUUGCUUCGCGAGUCCUUAUCAAGUAA